AUGUCCUGCCUGCCCUGCUGUUUUGGGGGCCGGGCCGCUUGGGCCGCUGGCUGCCGCGCAGAUGCACCCCGCGCGCAACUGAGCUCCGGGAGCAUCCUCGGGGAAUACGCUGGGAGUUCCGAGCAUUUUGCCGGCGUCCCCUUCGCGCAGCCGCCCGUGGGCCAGCUUAGGUGGAAGAAGCCGGCACCUGUGGAGCCGUGGCUUGGCGACCUAGACUGCACUUCCAAUCGUGCAGAGCGCCUUGGGCGGCCAGUGCAGGCCGUGGCGCCUCAUGAAGAUCGCCAACCUGCAGAGGAUUGUCUCCACUUGGACCUGUGGCUUCCGCCUGGAACACUGGCCUCACCAAUGAAGAAGCAACUCCCAGUACUGGUUUGGAUCUAUGGGGGUGGAUUGCUCUCGGGAUCCAAAGAUGAUCCGGGCUCCUCGGGGCAAGGCUAUGCCGAACAGGGGGUGAUCUUCGUUUGCAUCAACUACCGGGUGGGAGCUUUAGGCUUCCUUUGUCCACGCAAUGGUGAUGCCAACUGCGGACUCUGGGAUCAGGUCUCUGCACUGGAGUGGAUCCAAAGAGAAAUCGGAAACCUCGGGGGAGAUCCAGCGCAAGUGACCAUCAUGGGGCAGUCUGCUGGAGGAGAUUCAGUCUACUGGCUUUGCGCAUCACCAGUUGCGAAUAAGUUGUUUGCGAGGGCGAUCAUGAUGAGCCCAGCAUCUUUCACCAUCACUCCGGAUCAGGCCUACGAAUUGGCUGAUGAGUUUGCGGCCAAUGCCGAGGCCGAUUCGGGAGACCUUGCAGAUAUGCAACAGCUGUCCGUAGAGGCAAUCUUGCACGCGCAACAGCAAGGAGUAUACAGAAUCUUCCCAACGAUGGGGCCUGGUUGGCGAGAACUGAUGUUUGGGGGGUCUCUUCCAUCUGAGGAGCCCGCACCAGAUCCCACCACUGCUGGACUCUUUCGGCUACCAGAAGGCCACGAAGUUCAUGGCUGGCCGAUGCCAGUGGCUGUAGUUGAUGGAGUGCUUUUGAAGGAGCCUCCACUGAAGGCCUUGGCCAACGGAGUCGCUUCCCACUUGGAGAUUAUCGUUGGCGGCAACAAGCAGGAAAAUGGCUUUCGCGCUGUAUCAGAAGAGGAGCCGCACAGGGCCUGUGACGGAAGUUGCGGCCGGUAUGUCGCAGAGGAUGAGCAGAGGGAGACCAUGGUGGAGCGUUUCGCCUGGGAGAUUGCUGGCUGUCCUGCUUUGCUUGGAGCCUCCUUCAAGGAUGUCAAGGAGGUGAUCGAGAAGAAAGUGAUUCCAGCUUACGAGGAGGAACUUGGUGAAGGCAAGUCCAGCCCGCAGCUAAUGAACGAUGCCAUCGCAUCAGAUUUCUCCUUCCUGGCCAAGGUGCACCUGAUUUCAAAGCGUCUUUCCAUGUCAGGCUGCUGCCGGUCCCUGUAUCGAUACCAGUUCGAUGGCUACAGGGGAUGCGAUGCCUUUCAUGGAUCCGAGCUGUCCCUACUCCUGGGAGUGCCUGGUGAUGGAGUUGAUAGAAAAGGCAGCAUGGAGGUGGAUGAACUCCUGGAUCAACUUUGCCUGCACUGGUGA